UUGAAAAUCUGAAAUUAAUAAAUAAGUCGUUGAUGAUGUGGAGUUUACUAGUCAAAAUAAGAGCUAAUGUUAGAUCUUUUUGGCUCCUGGAAUAUUCAAAAAUAACAAACAUGUAAGUGAAAAAUCAGUUUUUCAACCAGAUCGUAAUUAAAUGGAACUGUGGAGGGGGGAGACAUAAGGUUCUCCUCCUUCGCCAUUGGAGACAUACUUAGUGCAACAGAAAAGAGGUACUCCCUAUGGUUCAAGGAAUGAAUAAUGGGAACAAUAAAUUAUGUCAGGAUCAAGUCCCUGCAGAAUUGACUCGAAAGAGAGAUUUGGAUAGGGACUAUUUGAGACUUACUGUGGGAGAUUUCUUAUCCGAAAUAGAAAAGAGACCCUCGCUCUGGUAUGAGGAGGAAUCAGAGGAAGCAAGCUUUCUAUGGGACGAGGUGUCCAGAGAACUCAGUCGGAAAAGGCAGUUGGAAACCGAAUUUUCGGGUUUUCAACUCAAACUCUUGUGGGUAUCAAUGAGGAAAAAUUUCAAUAAAUUCAAAGCUCACAUAGAGAAGAGCAUCCUUUAUCAAGAUAUGGAUGAUUACCAACAACCGGAAGAUCACUUUCCAUUCGCCCUCGACUUCCUCGAUGACAAAUAUCGACAAUUCAAACAAAAAAUAUUCAAUGGGUUCGAUGAACAUGGUGAACCCAUUUAUAUUGAGAGUGACGGUCUAUCUCAAACGGCUGAUGAGGAUAGUAAUACCGAGUGCAUCGAUUAUUCCAGCUCUACUUUUAUUCCUAGCUAUGCAAAGGUUGGGAAUGUCGUCAUUGACCUCACAAAGUGUACAUUAAAUGACCUCCAUCAGCUCCUUGAAAGAGAAGAUCUCAGUAAAGAUAGAACGGAUUACUCCGAAAUCCUAGAAGCAGUAGAAAAUCUCAUAGAGACGGAAAAUUUUCAAAAUGACAACCUGGGAAAUGACGGCUGCAUAUCAUCAUGUGAAAAUAACAACCCCGAAAUGGUUGAUGUAAACAAUGAAAAUAUGAACUAUGUUGUUAUGGGAGAUGAAAUUGAGGUUGGAAACAUAGUGGAUAUAACGUUUAGUGGAGGACGCCCAGUAGAAAAAGCUUAUGAGGUACAAGGAAUUCCUGAUCCUUUAGAAAUUCCAGUCGAAUUACCAGGUCCUUUAGAAAUUCCUGUCGAAUUACCUGGUCCUUUAGAAAUUCCUGUCGAAUUACCUGGUCCUUUAGAAAUUCCAGUCGAAUUACCAGGUCCUUUAGAAAUUCCUGUCGAAUUACCUGGUCCUUUAGAAAUUCAAGACCCUCCUGCUGAAAAUCAUAUAGAAUAUGUGGAACUACCAGAACUACCAGAACCAGCGAAUGAACUACAGAAACGAGAAAAUAUGUGGCAGAUGGUCUCGACUUCGCUGAAAAGAAAAAGAGCUGAAGAAAAACAUACGCCUAACAAGAAAUAUAAUCCAUCUCCAGCAAUGAAAAAAUGUUUGUUCCCUGAAAUGUUUUGAAACUCACA